AUGGUGUUGGAAGAGAAACAACUCUACUUUGUGCAAGCUUUAAGGGCAAAAGAUGGUGGUAAGGGACAACCUGAGAUGUUGUCUGCUAUUCAAUUGAAGAGAGGAUUGAAGAAGGGUCAGGAGACCUAUGUUGCAGCCUUGAUCAAGAUCAAGGAGGGACAAUCUGUGGAAGUCCCUGACUCAGUGGUCAAGAUCCUUAAAGAGUUCAAAGAUGUGAUGCCUGCAGAACUCCCCAAAGAGUUGCCACCCUGGCGACCCAUUGACCACAAAAUCGAGCUGCUACCUGGAACAAAGGCCCCGGCUCAAGCCCCUUACCGGAUGCCUCCUGCAGAGUUGCUGGAGUUACGUAAGCAACUGAAGAAGUUGCUGGAUGCAGGUCUGAUCCAGCCUUCCAGGGCCCCAUAUGGUGCACCAGUGCUGUUUCAAAAGAAGCAAGAUGGCUCACUCCGCAUGUGUGUGGACUACAGAGCCCUCAACAAGGUGACCAUAAAGAACAAGUACCCGAUCCCCUUGGCUGUUGAGCUAUUUGACAGACUGUCAAAAGCUUCUUACUUCACCAAGCUAGACCUGAGAUCGGGCUACUGGCAGGUUCGAAUUGCAGUAGGAGAUGAAGGGAAGACCACUUGUGUAACUCGGUAUGGGUCAUACGAGUUUCUGGUAAUGCUCUUUGGCUUGAAAAAUGCUCCUGCUACAUUCUAUAAUUUGAUGAAUGUUGUUCUGUUUGAUUAUUUGGAUGCCUUUGUGGUGGUCUAUCUAGAUGACAUUGUAGUUUACAGUAAAACUCUAACAGAACAUGAGAAACACUUGAGAUUGGUGUUCCAGAGAUUGAGGGAGAAUAGGCUUUAUGUGAAGCCAGAGAAAUGUGAGUUUGCUCAGGAGGAGAUCACAUUUCUAGGACAUAAGAUCAGUGCAGGACUAAUCAGGAUGGACAAGGGUAAGGUGCAGUCUAUUAUGGAGUGGACAGUCCCUACCAAAGUGACGGAGUUGCGGUCUUCCUUGGCUUGGCCAACUACUAUAGGAGCUGCGGAGCAGGAUGCUGCCUAUGGCAAGCUGAAGCAGCAAGUAAAGGAGGGAGUGAUCAGGAGGUAUUGGCUAGAGGGUGACCUCCUUGUGGCAAAAGGGGGAAAAUGGUAUGUUCCUGCAGGCGGCCUGAGAAAGGAUUUGUUGCGGGAAACUCAUGAUUCGAAGUGGGCAGGCCAUCCUGGAGAAAAGAGGACCCUGGCGCUACUAGCCAGAUCCUACUUUUGGCCUAAGAUGGGUGAGGAUGUCCAGGCAUAUGUGAAGUCUUGUCUGGUCUGUCAAAUGGACAAGACUAAAAGGAAGAAGGCUGCAGGGCUGCUGUAG